CAUCAAAUUGGAAAAAAAAAAAAAGAAAUCACAAUAUUUCAAGAAAAAGCGUUUUUUGUUUUCCAUCCCCUCCUCCCCCCUUUUUCUGCAACUCAGUCGCUCUGUUUGUCUGCUCUCCUCUCCGUUUCGAAGAAGAUCACACGCUUAUUCCUAUUCAAUGCAUCCACUUUUAUCCUAACCUUGCAUGUAAGAAAAAGAAGAAAGAAAAAAAAUAUCCAACUACCAUAUAGGCAUAUACGGCUAAUUCCAUUUUAGCGCAUCUUUGAUCUCUCUCCGCGCCCCGUGUUUAAACGCUGCCGUUUCUUCUCGUUUCCCAGCUAUUCUUUCCACUUUGAAAAAAAAAAGAAGCUACUAAUACUACUUUUUUUCUCGCUGCGUGUUCAUUUGACUCGUUGAUCUGCCACGACUUGACUCGGCCCCCGCUUCUUCACCGUCUUCUGCGUCGAAUCGAACGGCUUCACUGAAACACUGCCGUUUUAGGCGACGAUCUCGGUUUCGGGAUAAUCAUGAGUAAAGCGCCGCUUCUCCUAAUCGAACCCAAGGAACUCAAAUUUAUAUUUGAGUUGAAGAAGCAAAGUUCAUGCUCGGUUCAAUUGACCAAUAAUACCAACCACUAUGUAGCGUUCAAGAUCAAGACGACGUCCCCUAAGAAAUAUUCAGUGCGUCCAAAUGUUGGAGUUCUCGCGCCGAAAGCUACUUGUGAAUUCAUAGUUACAAUGCAACCCCAAAGGGAAGCACCUGAAGAUAUGGUGUGCAAGGACAAGUUCUUAAUCCAGAGUACAAAGGUUCCUGCCGAAACAAUCAGUGAAGAUGUUACUUCCCGCUUGUUUGUUAAAGAUGGAAGUAAAUAUAUAGAAGAAAAUAAGCUGAAGGUGACCCUAAUCUGCCCACCCAAUUCACCAGAUCUCUCUCCUAUUAAUGGAGAUUUCAAGAAUGGGCUUGACCAUGAAAAAGUUCAGAUAUAUAGUAAAGAUGAAAUCCAAUCCCCAGAGACCAUGGUCAGAGGACGCUUCACUAAUGUUCUUAAAAAUCCAGACAUGGUUCAUGAGGUAUUAGAACUAGAAGAGGAUAUGGAGUUGAGGCCAGAGUAUUAUGUGGGACACACCAUGAAACAUGUAGGGGAGCCAAAAGAAGAAGCAAGGUUGAAAGUGUCAAAAAAUAAGGAGUUGAAUAUGGUCAAGGAUUUAGAAGAAUUGAAGCCACAAAAAAAGUUAGAGGUUGAAGUGCCAAAAGAUCUGGAUUUGAACAAAAUAAAGAAUGCAGAGGAGUUGAAACCAGAGAAAGCAGCAGAGGAGUUGAAACCAGAGAAAGCAGCAGAGUUGAAAGUGUCAAAACUUCUGGUUUUGAACAAAGUAAAGAAUGUAGAGGAGCUGAAACCAGAGAAGGCAGCAGAGUUGAAUGUGUCAAAAGUUCUGGAUUUGAACCUCGUAAAUAAUGUAAAGGAACUGAAGCCAGAAACAGAAACAGAGUUAAAAAUGUCAAAAGAUCUGGAGUUGAAAACAGUAAAGAAUGCUGAGGAAUUGAAGCCAGAAAAAGAAACAGAGUUAAAAAUCUCAAAAGAUAUGAAGUUGGAAACAUUUAAAAAUGUUGAGGAACUGAAGCCAGAAAAUGAAAUAGAGUUAAAAAUAACAAAAGAUAGGGAGUUUAGAACAGUAAAGAAUGUUGAGGAACUGAAGCCAGGAAAAGAAGCUGAGUUGAGAGUUUCAGAGAGUAUAGAGCAGCUGAAAUUAUUGAAAGCUAUCGAAGAGAUGAAAUUAAAGCUAGAUGGACUUGAGUCAAAACUAAAUGAGUCUGGAGUAACAAUAUCAAAGUUAACAGAGGAGAGGAGGCUCAGCAACCAAGAGACAAAAAUCUUGCAAGAAAAAUUAGCAGAUCUUAUUAAUAAAGGUCCAAGAAAAGUUCAAGUCGGCUUCCCACUUCUAUAUGUCUGUAUGGUGGCACUUAUCUGUGUCUUCUUGGGAUACCGUUUACACUCUUGAUACCUGGACAAUCAAUCGUCUACAGGAAGCUACUGACAUUUUGAAUUUCCCCGAAUUUGUUAAUAGCGGAAGUUUAGGCAUAAAUCCCCUUUAUAUCUAUGAAUGUAAUAGUAGGGGAUCUGUAUACUUGACGGUCUGUGAUAUUCGAUUUAAUCUGUCUAGUCCAUAUUCAUGUACGUUCCUGGUUUGUAUAUGCAAAAAUUACCCAGGUGCACAAGUACAAAUAAUGAGAUAUAUAGCCCAGGUAGAUGACCUUUUGUGGAUAGUAGAAAACUGAGUGUUGUGUACACAUACUUUAGACUGUUCUUCACUUCUUUAUGAUUUAUAUUCCCUCGACGUUGAUCA